AUGGCCGAUGAAUAUGCAGCAGUUAAACGCGGGAAAUUAAUCUUAAAAGGAGAUAAACCCAAGGGCAAGAAACGGAAACACAAGAGUGACAAGAAAAGUCAGGCAGAUCGGACUGAUGUCAAUGAUGACUCAAACAAAUGCGGUGGCUGGUGGAAGGUCACAAAGAUAGAAGAUAUAACUGGUUCUAUAUCCAUUGAAUUUGGUACCAACGCCUAUAUUUCUGCUCUCGACAAUGGCUUAUUUACAAUUGGAGCUCCUCACGAUGAAGGCACUGGUCCAUCACCUGAAGAAAUUUUCACAGCUUUCCCAGCAGGAGAAAAUAAAUUUGCCCUUAAAUCAGGGUAUGGGAAAUAUUUAGGUGUAAGUAAAGAUGGAACCGUUAUAGGAAGAUCGGAUGCUGUCGGUCCUAUGGAACAGUGGGAGCCUGUAUUUCAAGAUGGGAAAACAGCAAUCCUGAGUUCCCUAAACAAGUUCAUGUCAGUAGACCCCGAAGACGAUUCUGUGCUCGCUAAAUCCACAUCAGCAGGAGAGCACGAGUUCUGUAAUAUACGAAGUAACAGGACCAAGGAGGAGAAUAAAGCCAUCAUACCUGAUGAAGAACAGGCCGAUUUGUCACAAGUUGAAAUUAAUUAUGUAAAGAAGUUUCAAAAGUUUCAAGACAAAAAACUACGCUUGAAUGACGGCAGUGUGAAGGAACUGAAAAUAGCUAAAAAGGAAGGCACCUUGCACGAAACACUAUUAGAUCGUAGAAGCAAGAUGAAAGCAGAUCGUUAUUGUAAAUGA